CAAGUCGCUCUGGGACUAUUUUUCACUGAGUUUUGUGACGUUGUGUUGUCAAAGACUCAAAGAAGGUGUGGAAAGUCGCAUUACCAUUUCAAAAUGCAUUUAAAACAACUGAAAUCUAAAGCAAGUGAAUUUAUAAACAAUAGAAAAUCUACCAACGAGCUGCUGGACAUCAUAGAACAUUUUAAUGAAUGCAUCGUACGAAAAUCAUCGGUUACACCAUGUCUGCUGACAUUGGAACAGAUAUUUAUGGAGAUAAUUAGCCGUAGGGAUAUGUAUAUCGACAUACAGCCUUUGAAAUCCGCAAUGGAUUCGAAUCAAGAUCUGCAGUACAAAGAAUGGUUGCAAGAACGGUACCGUGACGUUAUGAAAUCGAUUUUACAAUGUUUUAACUCCGACAAGCCCAGUGAAAGUAGUCAGGCGCUGGUAACCGCUAUGCAUCUGCUGAGUCAUGAGGGUAAACACCCCAUCGAACACACAACGGACGCAAACUUUUUUCCAAUCAAUCGAUUCCGCAACAUAUUGCUGCGACUGUUGUCAUCCGAAAAAUUGAACCAUCAGCUGAUCAUGCGAUUCAAAGAAUAUUCGGCGUACGCGGACGUACUGUUUUACGCAUGGAAAUUGUUACCGGGCUUAACGCCAAAGGGAAAACCGGCCAGUGACGUUUACGUGCAGAACUACUUAGAUUUACUGGGAUCCAUACCGCUGGCUGCCGAUGUAAACGAACCACCGCAGUAUCUGUGCGGAACGGGCGAUCAUCCCGGAUACGAUUAUGCGGUGAUGCGACGGAAUCUGAACAAAGUGUGGAAUUGCGCAGUGUUAUGGGAUCUGACUGAAACUACGCACAAGCAAUUGUUAAUUGUUUUACUGGAAAAGAUAUUGCCGCAUCUGGACAAACCGGUUUUGUUGACAGAUUUUCUUAUGGACUCAUUGGAUGUUGGUGGACCGAUAAGUUUGCUGGCAUUACAGGGAGUGUUCACACUCAUCCAACAGCACAAUUUAUCAUACCCCAACAUCUACGAAAAGCUGUACUCGAUGUUCGAGCCGGAAAUAUUUCACACAAAAUUUAAGGCCAGACUGUUCUAUUUGGCCGACAUAUUUUUGAGUUCGAUUGCAUUGCCCGAAAAUUUGGUCGCCGCAUUCAUCAAACGUUUAGCCCGUUUAGCUCUAGUCGCACCACCCCAAGACAUUGUCAUCAUACUGUAUUUCAUAGGCAACUUAAUCAUCAGGCAUCCGGGCCUGAAACGACUCAUUUGCCAUGCCAGCGGUGGCGAAGUGUCAAAAGAUCCAUAUAUUAUGGACGAACGUGUACCGAAUAAGUCGUUUGCGUUGGAGAGCUCGUUGUGGGAAAUUGCCACUUUACAAAGUCAUGCGCUGCCGUCAAUUGCUCAGGCGGCUAAAUUCAUUACGAAUCCGUUGCCGAGUAUUGAAUGGGAUUUGAGCAGUGUGUUGGAGGUUAACGAAAAUGAUAUUUUCGAUCAAGAAAUCGUUAAACGAUCGAAGGCUUGUGCUCUAAAUUUCGAAAGGCCACAGUCAAUGUUCCAAGCGAAAAGUGAUAGAUUUACACAAUACUGGCAGUUGUUUUAGUGAGUAUAGGAUGUAGAAUUUUAAAUUUAAAUCGGUGCCGACACCGAUCCUUAAGGUAACAUACGUAAUGUAAUUUAACAUAAAAAAACAAACAAACAAACAAACAAACCAUAUUUGUGACACAGUGACAUUAAACGUGCUGUCAAUAUUAUAAAUAAAUUUCUUAUAUUAAAACAAACA